AUGAAUGUUAGUCAGAUGAUUUCCUACUGGGGCUACCCAAGUGAGAUGCAUAAAGUUAUAACUUCGGAUGGCUAUAUCCUUCAGGUCUAUCGGAUUCCUCAUGGAAAGAAUGAUGCCAAUCGUUUAGGUCAGAGACCUGUUGUGUUUCUGCAGCAUGGUCUUCUUGGAUCAGCCACAAACUGGAUUUCCAACCUGCCCAGCAACAGCCUGGGCUUCCUGCUGGCAGAUGCUGGUUAUGAUGUGUGGCUGGGGAACAGCAGAGGAAACACCUGGGCCCAGGAACAUUUAUACUAUUCAACAGACUCCCCUGAAUUCUGGGAUUUCAGCUUUGAUGAAAUGGCUGAAUAUGACCUUCCAUCCACAAUUGAUUUCAUCUUAAAGAGAACAGGACAGGAGAAGCUACACUAUGUUGGCCAUUCCCAAGGCACCACCAUUGGUUUUAUCGCCUUUUCUACCAAUCCCACACUGGCUGAAAAAAUCAAAGUCUUCUAUGCAUUAGCCCCAGUUGCCACAGUGAAGUACACCCAAAGCCUCUUUAACAAACUUGCACUUAUUCCUCACUUCCUCUUCAAGAGUCGCUUAGAUGUGUAUAUAGCACAUAAUCCAGCAGGAACUUCCGUUCAAAACACCCUCCACUGGAGACAGGCUGUUAAGUCUGGGAGGUUCCAAGCUUUUGACUGGGGAGCCCCAUUUCAGAACCUAAUGCAUUAUCAUCAGCCCACACCUCCAAUCUACCAUCUAACAGCCAUGAAUGUCCCAAUUGCAGUAUGGAAUGGUGGCAAGGACCUGUUGGCUGACACUCAGGAUGUUUAUCUUUUGCUUUCAAAACUCUCUAAUCUCAUUUAUCACAAGGAAAUUCCAAAUUACAAUCACUUGGACUUCAUCUGGGCAACGGAUGCACCUCAAGAAGUUUACAGUGAAGUUGUUUCUUUGAUGGCAGAAGACAAAAAGUAG